AUGAAGCUAGUUUGGUCUCCAGAGACGGCCACCAAGGCUUAUCUCGACACCGUAAAAUCAUGUGAACUUCACAAAGAAUCAGGAGUAGCAGAACUUAUAUCAGCCAUGGCAGCCGGGUGGAAAGCAAAGCUAAUAGUAGAAACAUGGUCGCAGGGUGGGGCAAUUGCGACGAGUGUCGGUCUCUCUAUCGCAAGCUGCCAUGGCGGCGGCAGGCAUAUUUGCAUAGCCCCUGAUGAAGAGUCGAGGGUAGAGUACGCUGCAGCCAUGGAAAAGGCCGGUAUGUCGUCCCAUAUCAUCGUUGGCGAGGCAGAGGAGGUGGUGGAAAGUUUAGUUGGCAUAGAUUUUUUGGUGGUGGAUUGCAGGCGGAACGACUUCGGGAGAAUCCUUCGGGUGGCGAAACUUGGCCAGAGGGGUGCUGUGCUCAUAUGCAAGAAUGCAAAUUCAAGAGCGGCAUCAGAUUUUAGGUGGCGAAGUGUCGUAGGUGGUGACUCGAGGAUUGUGCGGUCAAUGUUUUUGCCGGUGGGAAAGGGGUUGGAUAUUGCACAUGUGGGGGCGAGAGGUGGAGGCGCUGCCUCCGGAAAGGGUGAGAAACGGUGGAUCAAACGUAUUGAUCGAGAGUCAGGUGAAGAGUUUGUCAUCCGGAAGUGA